AUCAGUCAGCACACACUCCAUCCUGGCAUGACUUGACUCUGGACUUGAAACCACAGGCUGGGGCUGUCCGCCCCUUUGGCAGUCGGGACAGGAAAAGUAGGGAGAGAAAAACGGGAAGUGGGGCAAUAUUUAAUUGCGAGCCAGAAGGGCUGGGAGACGAAAUCUGAAGUGGCAGAGGAUACCUAAAGAGAUUCACAGAUAUCAAGCAAAAAGACAGAAGGAAAGACGGAGAAUGAACUUGGCUAAAGUAAGUACAUUCCUGGCUGCCAGCUUCCUCCUCCUCACUCUGCUAGGAGAUACCACCGAGGCCUGCAAAUGUUACUUCCCGCACCCCCAGACGGCAUUCUGCUCCUAUGAUAUUGUGCUCAGGGUCAAAUUUCUGAGAGGCUACGGAAUCAAAACCACCAGGGUCUACAAAGGUCCUGAGGAGAUGCAAAAUCUUCGUGAUUUCGACACUCCACCCCGUGGUGGCGCAUGUGGAUACUCUCACGAAGGAUCCUUCAGAGAAGAAUACCUCGUUACAGGGAGUCUGGAAGGUGACCGUGUCACAAUCACAAUAUGUGAUUUGAUCAUACCAUGGGCCAGGCUAACCCUUGCACAGAGGCGAGGCUUUACCUCAGAAUACAGCAAGGGCUGCUCCUGCUCAAUUGUGGAAUGCCAUUCAGAAUGCUCCAUCACCUCCAAUCAGUGUGUGAGGGCAGAUUCAAGAAUGCCACCAAAUCUGCGUGAUUUCCAAAAUAAACACAUGGCCUGCCUGCCCCAGGUUGAAAAAAAUGGCACGUGUACCUGGAAAUCUCUGGACACCCAAGAGUCUUGAUCCUUUCGUAAGAGUUGGCCGACGCAGUGCUCCAUGCCAUUAACCCCUCCCCACUCUUCUCUCUGUGUUGACUCUUAUUAAAUAAAUGGUGGUUCUAAACCCA